AUGUAUAAUGACUCAGGAAAAUAUAAAAUAUGGGUAUGUGAAAAUGAAGAAAAACCUGUUAAUGAAACCAUUAAAUAUGGUAAAAAGAAAACAAUGGUUUGGGGAUGUAUGUCCUCUAAAGAUGUCGGUGAUUUGCAUUUUUUAGAUAGAAAUAUGGAUGCAUUAUACUAUGUAGAAAUUUUAGCAAAUAAUUUACCAUCGUCAAUGUCAAAGUUUGGUUUUGAAAAUUUUAAACUUUUGCAGGAUGGUGAUCCUAAACAUAUAAGUAAGUUAGCAAGAGAAUAUUUUGAAUUUAACAACAUCAAAUUAGUAAAUUAG